UGUGUGAUGUAGACAUCCUACCUGAUACAAGAGUCAGAGGUUGAUUCCACAGCUCGAUCCGUGACCUUUAUAAUUAUAUUUUUUUAAAAAAAUAUUAUGGGCACACUUGCAAGUUAGCAACUACAUUGGGAUCAAUAAUUCAACUAGUAACUAUUACUAACUUGAAGCCAAAUUUUGAUUACUAGUCACUACAGCAAAAAGAUGGAUAUCCCCUGGUAUUCUCUUCUAAUUCCUCUGUCUGUUUUCAUUUUCUUCCUUCGUCAAUGCUUCUUUACUACUCCACAUAAUCAAAAAAAGUUACCACCAUCUCCAAGAAAGAUCCCAAUCUUAGGAAAUUUGCUCCAACUUGGGUCGCAUCCUCACCGUUCUAUCCAUAAACUAUCUCAAAAAUAUGGUCCAGUCAUGCUGCUUCACUUGGGCAGUAAGCCGGUGCUCGUUGCUUCCUCAGCUGAUGCUGCUCGUGAUAUCAUGAAAACUCACGAUCUCGUAUGGUUAAAUAGACCUAAAUCUGGCAUCGCCGAUAGACUCCUUUAUGGCUCAAAGGACGUGGCCUUUAGUCCGUAUGGUGAAUACUGGAGAAAAAUCAAAAGCAUCACCGUGCUCCACCUUCUCAGCAACAAAAGAGUCCUAUCUUUUUGUUAUAUCCUAGAAGAAGAAAUAUCGAAUAUGAUUGAAAAAAUCGGACAAGAGUGUGAUUCUUCUAGUUCAGCGAUAAAUUUAAGAGAUCAUUUCAGUUCUGUGACAAGUAACAUAAUUAGCAGAGUGGCCUUGGGGACGAAAUAUAACGAGGUGAAUGAAAGUGGGACGAAUGCUAAAGAAACCAUAGAAAAACUCCUUUCACUUUUAGGUGCUUUUAAUAUUGGGGAUUAUUUUCCGUGGCUUGAAUGGGUCAAUAGAAUCAAUGGUCUUGACACCAAAGUAGAAAAAGUGGCUAAAGAACUGGAUACAUUUUUGGAGAGUGUGUUUGAAGAGCACGUUAGUAGGGACGAGAACAGAGAAUACCGUGUAGAUGAAAUUAAAGACUUUGUGGAUGUUUUGUUGGAAAUCCAAAAUGAAAAGGUAACUGGAUUUCCUCUUCAAAGGGAUUCAUUGAAAGCUAUCCUCGUGGAUUCGUUUGCUGCCGGUACGGACACAACAUAUACAGCUCUAGAGUGGACAAUGACGGAGCUUUUGAGGCAUCCAAGAGCCAUGGAAAAAUUACAAAAUGAAGUGAGGGGAUUAGUCCCAGGGAAAGCGGAGAUAAAAGAGGACGACUUAGGAAAUAGGCAGUAUCUGAAAGCAGUGAUCAAGGAGAGUCUUAGGCUUCAUCCACCGCUUCCACUACUACUUCCUCGAGAAUCAAUGGAAGACGUAAAAUUACUAGGCUAUCACAUACCUGCUAAAACUCAAGUCGUUAUCAAUGCUUGGUCAAUCGGAAGAGACCCCUUGGUGUGGGAAAAUCCAGAGGAAUUCCGACCAGAGAGGUUCUUGAACAGUGAUAUUAACGUCAGAGGACUAAACUUUGAGUUGAUUCCCUUCGGAGCUGGCAGAAGGGGCUGCCCAGGAAUUACUUUUGCCAUUACCGUGAAUGAGCUAGCAUUAGCAAGGAUUGUGCACAAGUUCGAUUUUGCAUUACCAAAAGGGAUAGAAGAAGAGGAGUUGUAUAUGACUGAAAGCACUGGCAUCACAAUUAGUAGGAAAUCACCUUUGCUAGCAAUUGCCACUCCAUCUUCUAAUUAAUAAUAUUGUAAAUGAAUCAUAGUUCCUAGCAUUGCUUGCAGCUAAUAACUUUCAUGUCCAUUUAGAUUAUUGAUCUUAUAGUAUCUAUUUCCAUUGCCGUAAAUAAAUGUCGAAUACUUUCGUUUUUUCAUUUACCUCUAAUUACUACUCCAUAGAUGAUAAGUACUAUAUUACCUUUAACUUUUAAGGGUGUGUUUUAUGUGGAAUAAAAUAAAUAAUUUCUGA